GCCUAGAGAAACCAGUCGGACGUCCCCGGCGCCUCCGCUUCACUCGCUGCAGGACUCGGGCGCGCACUGGAGGAAUGCGUGGCACAACAGCUUGGAUUUCAAGAGAGGACAACUGUCUUUUAACAAGUGCAUUUUAUUUCCUAGCAUGAUAGCUCCUCACUGAAGCCGAUAAAGACGUUAGAAAUGUCUCACCAGCAGCGGGUUGUCCAACUGUCCGCCGCGUCUCUCGCUGUAGUCCUCGGCCCGGACGAGGAGAGUUUGCGCGCCGGCGGAGGAAAACUCAACGCCAAUACUACGAGUGGCCAGGAGAUUUUUGCGGACUUUAAGGCGCAAAACUUGCGCAGUUUCUGGAAUAAGAGGCUCGUUAAGGCCAUAGCUGAAGUGUACUUUCAAGGAUGGAUGGAAAAUUUGGUGCUUUUCAUUCAAGGGAACGCAAACAACCUAGAGGUGCUGAGGGAAGCGUGGAUGCGCAGAGCUCUGAGGUCACCAAAGGGAUUUAUCAUUAAAGCUGUCGGUGACCUGUCCCCGGUGCAGAUGUCCCCUGUUCCUCAGUCCCAGUUCAUUCCCUUGGCCGAGGUGUUGUGCUCAGUCAUCUCAGAUAUGAACACCUCUGAUAUCAUCGUCAACCAGGAAGCACUUGUGAACUACAUGAGCAAAGCCCACCCAGGAAUAACCAUCCCAACUCAGGACAUUCUCUACAAUGCUCUUGGCACUCUGAUCAAAGAGCGCAAAAUCUACCAUACAGGCGAGGGCUACUUCAUCGUCACGCCUCAGACCUAUUUCAUCACUAACAACAUGGUGCGAGAGAAGAACUGGUGGACUUCUGGUUCAGCAGACGACCCUCCCUCACCUCCUCCCAUUACUUACCUUUUGAGUAACGACGUCUGUGUUGAAAGCACUCAAACGUUGCCAGUGGCACACUGCAAGUCUUGCAGCUGCUUCAGCCCUCUCCAAACAUCCCCUAACAUCGCCUCCACUACUGUAACAGCCACCAUCCCUCCCUCCACUGUCCCAGACCAGCAUUCUGUUUCUGUUUCCAUCAGCGAAUGCACGGGCAAAAGCUUAAAGUGGCCCCGACCGUUAGAUCACAAACCCACAGUGCAGCAUCAGUCCACCUCCACAGCUGCGGACUGUCAGGCGAGCGAGAUCAGCAAAACUACAGCCACUACAAACGCCACUGGCCGCAAAGAAAAAGACAACAAACCAGGGAGAAAGUUUGGCCUCAGUUUGUUCCGCAGGAAUGGAGGUAAAAAAGAAAAGCCAAAGAAGGAGUAUGCAUCAUUUUCAGGGCAAUUCCCUCCAGAGGAAUGGCCAGUGAGAGAUGAGGACGACUUAAACAACUUACCCCGUGACCUAGAGCAUGCCAUCAUCAAACGCAUCAAUCCUGAACUGACUGUGGACAACUUGACACGUCACACGGUCUUAAUGAAGAAGCUGGAAGAGAGAAAGGAGAGGGGGAUAGACAGAGUGUUGGAGAGGGUGGACAGAGGUCUGGAUAAAGAUGAUAAGGCGGUAGACAAGGGAAUGUCUACUGAGAUUCUUACCUAUUCCAAACCCAGGCAUCAUCACUCCUCUAAGGCAGGGGCAGGGAAAAGAUCCACUCAGAAGGCCUCUCGCAGCAAAAGGAGGGUCCAUUCUUCAAGAGAGAAACAGAGGGAAAGAGAGAAGGAGAGGGGUAAGAGUAAGGGUCCCAUAUGUGCGGAUGAUUAUCCAGAGGGGGAAGAUUUGAUUCCUGCUCGGCUUAGAGUGGAAAUCCCUGUUGAUGAACCAGAUCAAGUGGAAGAAGGAGGGGGUCUUGACGGAAAAUCUCUUUACAAGAAACGCAUUGAGAAUCCUUUCCAGACUCAUCCAAUUAAAGAAGCUGAGACCAUUAUUCCCCCCACCAACAACAGAGAGCAAAGAAGACGAGAGGUGAAAGAGGGCAAGACUUCAGGGCCAGGCAAAAAGGAACGAACGAGCCAUCGCUCCAAAUCAUGGGACCCGCAUCGGGCCAAAGCGAUUGCAGCAGAUGGCGAGGAUAUAGAGAAAUCCCCUACAUCUGAGGACAGGUACAACUGUGUCCACAAGCAGGACCUUGCUGCUGAUCAUCUGCUCCAAGCAGACAUAAAGUUAAACAGAGAGAUGCCACUGGACUACAGCUCAGCCUACCCACAGAGCAGUACGCUCCGGAUAGACGACAAGAUCCGGCAUAAGAGGGAGGGAAACAGCAAGGAGAGCUGGGAGGGAGGUGACCAAAAUGGCCAUCUUCAGGAGGCAGAGUACAACAGUGUACCAGACCGCAGCCUCACUAUAGAUGACGGCCUCUCUAACAUCCAACAAUACUCCAAUAGUAAUGCCAUCCUCCCUACCCAUCCUUAUGAGUCUGUCAUAAACCAUUCAUAUGACCCAACUCUGCCUUGGCCUAAGCCCUCUUUACAGCGGAAACACUCCCUCAGACUCUCCAACCCACAAAGGGAUGAUAUUCAGGGGCAUGACGAGCUCUCUUCACACCAGCAGGCCUGUGAAACUAUACCCACCCAGGAACAACAGGAGAUAAGACCUGUCACUAUCAAUAACAGAGAGCAAAGGACCAUGAACCAAGGAGAAAGGCUGGAACUGAUAGCAAACAGCACUUCCUCAAUAACAGACACUGAUGGCUUUAUAGAAGAUGACUACAGACUCUAUCAGAGAGCAGAUGAGCAGGAGGAUGAGGAUGCCUGCAGUUCCUUGUGCCUCAAUGAAGAGGAGAUUAUCGACGCUGCAAAUGUUUACCGAACAGGUGUAGCAGACUACCACAGUCACCAGUUGGUUUACAAUAACCAUGAAUCUGAUUUGCAGUAUCAAGGACCUCACAGUCAUUAUUAUAAUUCACACUUUCACCAACCACAAGUCGCCUUGGUACAAAAUUCAAGCAAUUUCAAAGAUCUCAUUCCUCCAGCAACCCAGAGGGAGGCUUCCCUCAGCCCCACCAGAUCUGGAGAGACCAGCUGGAGACUGAUUCAUCCUCAUCAGAGGACGAGAUCACCAGGGCCCCAAAAUGCGUCCAGCAUCAGGCAAGGCACAGUGAACCAGGGGGAAAAACGACAUGAGGUUGAUUUGGACUGUUCCAAACCAUUUGAAGUUGCAGAAAGUAGUAUAUUUGACUACUGCCAGACUAGUGAGAUGGAAUCAGACACAGAGACUGUCCGUAAGUCAGUUGAUGAGGGUGACGGAGAAUCUGCUCACUGGACAGCUGAGGUGGAGGAUGCGCAGGAGGAUGAGUUUGAAGAGACGGGUGUUCCUCAGACCCAUAGAGCUGUUCUGAGCAUGCCCAGUGGGGCCAGAGCUGCAGAGCUUGGGGAAGCAGUGGAAAUGGGAGAGAACCAGAGCAUCACAGGAGACAGCGGUAUAGAUUCUCCUCGGACCCGUGUCAGCCUGGCCUCCAGCAACACUGUCAUUCUGGAGGGUCUCAAGAGAAGAGGCUUUUUACAAAACUUGGAGAAACUGCAUUCAAAGAGCAAUGCCAUUCGACCACAAAGCUCACUGCUACAGCUAACUCCUGUCAUGAAUGUAUAGCAGGCCUGAGUCGCCUGCGGCAGCUUUACAUUGGAGCUAACAGACCUCACUGGGCAUGAAAAGGCCAAAACAAUGUGCUUGAAUCUUCAGUUCUAUGCAACUGCUAGGUCACAAACAUAUCCUAUUACAACAGGGGUCUGUGUACAAAUGUACAGUGUAUAUUUUUCUUCUCUUUGUAAAUAAUUCUAAAUGUAAUAUUCUAUGAUUUUUCCAUUCACUCCCUUGUGUAUGUGCUGAUAUUGCACAGUGUAUCAACAGCAUUUUUGUGAUAUAAAUGUACAGUUUUCUUUCUCGUUGCUGAAAAUGAUCAUAACAGCAUUAACGUCUCAUUUCAUCUCAUCUCAUCAUCUCUUUUUUUCUCUUGUCAUGUAGCAAUUACUACAAAUAAAAUUGUGUAUUUCAGCCAAGAUGUCUUUCUUUCCAUAAUUCUACUCCCUAUAAAACAUUUACCAGUAACAGAUCGGUACCUGCAAUGACAGUGCUUU